UUGUGAAUCCGGUCUGACUUCUGACAAUGACAGCAAUGGAAAAAAGUGAAGCAAUCGGUUCCCAUUAGUAUGUUAAUGGGUUUUGGACUGUAAGAGAACAGGCUCCGCCCACAUAAUCUCACCUCCGAUCUCCACACUCUGCGGUGUUACAAUUAUUCCGAUGGCAAAGAUUGACCCGAACGAGUCCCCUCCUCCUUACUACUCAAUCGCUGUGCAUGCCCAGCCCCCCCUCAAGUCCUAUGAAGAGGUGGUGUAUGGCGUGGGGCCGGGCCACACCGUCGCCAACCAGCAUUAUGUCCCCCAGUAUGCGCCGCCUGUGGCAGCUACCCAAGUAGCGCAGCUGAACACGCCCCACAGAAGCAGGAGGAGGGGAUGCUGUAAAAGUAACGCCCAGUGUUACGGAGGGUCAGCCGGGUCUUUUCUGUUGUUAGCCUUGCUGGCUGUGGCUAUCUGGGUUGCAGUGCACUUUAGCACCAGGUUGGUGACUCAGUCGUUUAUCAAUAGCAACAACAACAACCAGCAAAAUGGGGGCCCAAGCAACAGCCGACCGCCUUUGAGGAAUGACACUUGCCCUGAGAAUACGACCAUCGAGUGUGAUGGCGUCAGGGACUGCGAGAUGGGCUCUGACGAAAUGGACUGCGUGAGGUUCGCGAGUGUCAACCGUCUGCAGGUUAGGACCGCCGAAGAUGGCCGCUUUCUUCCAGUCUGCUCCAGUGGCUGGAACCAAGACAAUGCCGACCAGACUUGUGCCCAGCUUGGCUUUAGAAGCUCCUUCAUUAGCAAGAAUUUCACAUCCCAGGACUCCCUUGGUUUGAUGGUGACCAACAGAUCGUCUGAAAACAUUCAGGGCACGGUAGAAGUCAGUUCCUCCUGUCCAGACCAAAACAUUGUCUCCCUGCAGUGCGUAGACUGUGGCCGGCAGCAGUCCACAUCUCGCAUCGUCGGAGGCAGCGUUGCACAGAGGGGUCAGUGGCCUUGGCAGUUAUCUCUGCACUUUAGGGGCUCCCAUGUGUGUGGAGGGGUCCUGAUUGCGCCCGAUUUUGUGCUGACUGCCGCCCACUGCUUCCCGGGGGCUGUCCCUUCAAUGCAAUCACCGCAGUUUUGGCAAGUGUACGGAGGCGCUGUGUCUCUGGAUAAUCUACCUCAGCCCUUCCUGGUUGAGAGUAUCAUACUGAAUGAAAACUACGACAACAGGACCAAUGAUCAGGAUGUCGCUUUGCUCAAGCUGACAGCUCCAGUUGAUUUUGAUGAUGAUGUUCACCCAGCAUGUCUGCCAGUUAGAGAACAGCCAUUUCCUCACGGUACCACGUGUUGGACCUCAGGCUUUGGCACCACCCAGGCGGGAUCAGGUGUUAUCUCGACUGAUCUGAUGGAGGUGACAGUGGACAUCAUCGGCACAGACGUCUGCAACAACCCUCAGGUGUACGCCGGAGCUGUGACUGCCAACAUGAUCUGUGCUGGACACCUGGAUGGAGGACGAGAUUCCUGUCAGGGCGACAGUGGUGGGCCUUUGGUGUGUCAGACUGAUGACCUGUGGUACCUGGUAGGCAUCACCAGCUGGGGGGCUGGCUGUGCUCAGACAAACAGGCCGGGGGUUUACACCAGAGUCAGCAAUGUUCUUCCUUGGAUCUACACCAACAUGCAGCAUGAAAGGCCUUAAUGUCACUUCUUGCUGCCGGCUGGCUGUCUGGUUUCCCCUCGUCUGCAUUGAACUCUGCACUGUGAAGCUGUCUUCCAACAAAGAUGGAUGGACCAAUGAGGGGACGCUCCAGACAAGAAAAGACAGAUGGAUUAAAGGUUGCUAAUGUUGGAGACGGAGGGGAUGAGGCAAGAUGUACAAGUAGUACCAAAUGUCAUGUUUACAGCCGUGUGUUGAUUCAUCUAUUGCCUGUGCACUAAUUCCUUACUCUGAUAUCACUAAUCUAAUGUGUGAGAUGCCAAACUGCAACAGUGGAACCUCUAUAGUGGAACUAGGAAUUUGAUCACAUCUAUUUAGAUUUUGUUUUGGCUUUUUGUGGCUUCUUUUUUUAAAUUUUCAACACGUAUUCCAAAAAGAAGUGCAGACGACUCUUAUCAAGGCAGCAUGACUCGGACUUCACAAAAAAUGAGGUGUGGUGCAUCUGUGAUGUAAAUCACCUUUGCAGUACACCGUUUGUCAUAGAAAUUCAAGCUGGUUUUUUUUGUUAUUAUUUAUACAUGUUACAGGGGUUAACUUAUUUUUACACUUGCACAGAAAUGAAUACUAAACAAUGAGAUGUGUGAGUUGUACCUGCAAAUUACAUCACUUUUAUUAUAAGUAGAGAUGUCCGAUAAUGGCUUUUUUGCCGAUAUCCGAUAUUCCAAUAUUGUCCAACUCUUAAUUACCGAUUCCGAUAUCAACCGGUACCGAUAAUAUACAGUCGUGGAAUUAACACAUUAUUAUGCCUAGUUUUGUUGUGAUGCCCCGCUGGAUGCAUUAAACAAUGUAACAAGGUUUUCCAAAAUAAAUCAACUCAAGUCAUGGAAAAAAAUGCCAACAUGGCACUGCCAUAUUUAUUAUUGAAGUCACAAAGUGCAUGAAUUUUUUUUAACAUGCCUCAAAACAGCAGCUUGGA